AUGCUCCGCGGUCAAAGUCUACCAUGGAGGAUUGCGCUCCGAAGCAGUCAACAUAGCCUGUGUAGGGACUGCAGGCGGCAGCUCAUCCAACGGACCGCUUUCUCCUCCUCCGCGACCGCUCGACGACCUACACCCGCCUCUGUUAUCGUAGCUCGACAUGGCUUACAAAUCCGUCAAUUCUCUUCGCAUCCAGUCCGCCGGAAAGACAAACCACCCGAGGACGACCCCCCCGCGCAAUCCGAAGAUGUCGAUGAAAAGGCCAAAAAGGUAACGAACGAACUUGACGAAGCACCCCAGCCCGAAGACAGCGUCGAAUCCAAAAAAUCCCCGUCCGAACCACAACCUAUACCCCAAUCUGUGAACCAGGCAAAACCUACGGCAGCAGGAGGUAAUGGCGGAGAAUCCUCAUCAUCAGCACCUGGACAGAGCUCUGGUGGGGGCGAUGGUACCAGGCGUGGACGGAAGAGUACGCAGAUAUCGAAACCUACCGUUCCGGAAAUCUAUCCCCAAGUCAUGGCCAUUCCCAUUGCCAAACGUCCAUUAUUCCCUGGCUUUUACAAGGCUAUCACAAUCAGAGAUCCAAAUGUGGUGGCUGCGAUCACGGAAAUGAUGAAGAGAGGACAACCAUAUGUUGGCGCAUUCCUGUUCAAGGACGAAACCGCAGACAAGGACAUCAUCGAAAAAGCGGAUGAUGUUCACGACGUGGGUGUUUUCGCUCAGAUUACAAGCGCUUUUCCGGUUCAUGGCGACGAGCAUAGCUUGACUGCGGUGCUCUACCCCCAUCGUCGGAUAAAAAUGACUGCUUUGAUGCCUCCCUCAACCAGUGCUGAGAAAGGCCCAUCUGUGGUCGAGAUCCAGCCCGCAAAUGAAGGCAAACCCGUGGCAGAGGGUGUCUCUGAGAACAAGGGCGACGUCGUCGCCAGUUUCGAGGAACCAAACAAAGACCAGCCCGCUCAGUUGAGUGUGUAUGAGCCAACAGCAUUUCUCCGGAAGUAUCCCGUCUCGCUGGUGAAUGUGGAGAAUCUGACAGAAGUUCCUUAUGAUAAAAAGAGCGAUGUGAUCAGAGCCUUGACCUCGGAGAUUGUCAAUGUCUUCAAAGAGGUAGCGGGUCUCAAUCAGCUAUUUCGAGAUCAGAUUUCAGAUUUCAGUGUGUCGCAGUCCGCCGGCAACGUGAUUGAAGAGCCGGCCAAGCUCGCGGACUUUGCCGCCGCAGUGUCUGCUGGCGAGGUCGAUGAAUUGCAAGACGUUCUCCAGACCAUGAAUGUUGAGGAGAGGUUGCACAAGGCAUUGGUUGUUCUUAAGAAGGAACUGAUGAAUGCUAAACUUCAGUCGAAGAUCUCCAAGGACGUGGAAAGCAAGAUUCAGAAGCGACAACGAGAGUACUGGCUUAUGGAACAAAUGAAGGGCAUUCGACGAGAGCUGGGCAUUGAGUCUGAUGGCAAAGACAAACUGGUUGAGAAGUUCAAAGAAAAGGCGGAAAAGCUGGCCAUGCCUGAAGCUGUCAAGAAGGUUUUUGAAGAAGAGCUCAACAAGCUGGCCCAUCUCGAACCUGCAGCGUCCGAGUUCAACGUGACCAGGAAUUAUCUAGACUGGCUCACUCAGAUCCCUUGGGGCCAAAGGAGUGCCGAGAACUUUGGCAUCAAAAAUGCCAUGACGGUGCUGGAUGAGGAUCACUAUGGACUGAAAGAUGUCAAGGACCGGAUCCUCGAGUUCAUCGCCGUCGGCAAGCUCCGUGGGACUGUCGAAGGCAAGAUCUUGUGUUUUGUUGGUCCUCCCGGUGUCGGAAAGACCUCAAUCGGCAAAUCAAUUGCUCGCGCAUUGAAUAGACAGUACUACCGAUUCAGUGUUGGAGGCUUGACAGAUGUCGCCGAGAUCAAAGGACAUCGUCGGACGUAUGUUGGUGCCCUUCCCGGUAGGAUUAUCCAGGCCCUCAAGAAGUGCCAAACAGAGAAUCCUCUCAUCCUCAUUGAUGAGGUGGACAAAAUCGGCCGUGGCCACCAGGGAGACCCUGCUUCCGCGCUGCUCGAGCUGCUCGACCCUGAGCAGAACUCAAGCUUCCUGGACCACUACAUGGAUGUCCCUGUUGAUCUGUCCAAGGUUCUGUUUGUCUGCACAGCAAACAUGACCGAUACUAUUCCCCGGCCUCUACUCGAUCGCAUGGAGAUGAUUGAACUCAGUGGCUACGUCGCGGACGAGAAGAAGGCCAUCGCGGAGCGCUACCUUGCACCACAGGCGAAGGAACUUUCUGGUCUGAAAGAUGCCGACGUCAAUUUGGAGGAAUCCGCAAUUGAGGAGCUCAUCAAUAAGUAUUGUCGCGAAUCGGGCGUGCGAAACCUCAAAAAGCAAAUUGAAAAGGUCUUCCGCAAGUCAGCCUUGAAGAUCAUCCAGGAUCUUGGUGAGGAAGCUCUGCCGGAGUCGGCGGCGUUGACGGAAGAAGGCAAGGCUGCGCUCGAAGAAAGCCAGAAAUCUGAUUCAGACGUCAAGGAUACUCCCGAGUCCAUUGAGAAGGAAACGACGGAACACCCGCGAGUCGCACUCCAACUGCCAGAUUCGGUGCAUGUGGCGAUCACGAAAGACAACCUGAAAGAUUACGUUGGUCCUCCGGUCUUCACCUCUGAUCGUCUCUACGAAACCACACCGCCCGGCGUUGCCAUGGGGCUCGCUUGGACUAGCAUGGGAGGCGCAGCCCUUUACGUCGAAUCCAUUCUGGAGUCAGCAUUGUCACAUUCCAGCAGACCAAGUCUAGAGCGGACGGGCAACUUGAAGGCCGUAAUGAAGGAGUCGAUUUCGAUUGCGUAUUCGUUCGCCAAACACGUCUUGGCCACCCGUUUCCCUGAAAAUCGGUUUUUUGACCACGCGAAAAUCCACCUGCACUGUCCCGAGGGCGCUGUUCAGAAGGACGGUCCAUCAGCCGGUAUCACAAUGGCGACAUCCCUACUAAGCUUGGCCAUGGACAAGCAGGUUGAUCCCGCACUGGCUAUGACCGGUGAAUUAACCGUAACGGGCAAGGUUCUCAGAAUCGGUGGCUUGAGAGAGAAGACAGUUGCAGCUCGAAGAGCGGGUUGCUCCAAGAUUCUCUUCCCUAAGGAUAACUGGGGCGAUUGGUGCGAGUUGCCUGAGAACAUCAGAGAAGGCAUUGAAGGCCAUGCAGUUGACUGGUACGACGACGUCUUCGAGAUUGUCUUUCCUGACGCUCGUACGGAGGAGAUCAAUGCUUUGUGGAAAGACACACUGAAAAGGUCAAAAGAGGAUAAGGAAAAAGAUCACGACGACGAUGAUUGA